UCAUCUCGAAACGCCCAAGCCUCUCUCUCUCCUUUCUCUCCCCCUAGGGUUUUGAUUCUGAUUCUUCUUCUUCUUCUUCUUCUUCUUCUUCUCGGAUUGAUCUUAUAUGUUCAUGGGAAAUUCGUCGCCUUGAGGUGCUUCGAGCUCCUGCUUAUUCAGCCUAGACCUGUGUAAGAGGUACGCCUUUUCGUAUUUGAAACUGUAAAGGCCUCGAUUUCUAGGGUUUCGAAUUGUUCGAUACCUCUAGAAUGAUUUCGGUGAUGAGCGGCAACGAUUUCAAGGCCGAUUUGAUAGAAGACGAGGCUCAAUCACAAGGUAGGGUUUCUGUCGAUGGUGGUGGUGGUGGUGGUGUUAGCUCCAGCAAUCGGGCGAAUGUUGGUGGGAGUGGAGUCUUGUCUUCCGAUUUGUGUGUUUCGGAAGGAAAUAGGGUUUCGGGAAAUGAUUUUGUUGUUAGUUCUGUUGGCGAUUCUCGUGGUGGAAGUGAUGAGGACCAGUCUCUAAAUCGUGUAGUGUCUGAAGGAGGGAGGAUUCCUGUGGAGUCGGAUAAUCAAGCUCCAGUCAGUGAUUUUGACGGUGCGUUUUCGGUGGGAGGUGUUGGUAAUUUAGGGAACUGUGGAUCUGACAGAAUUAGGGUUUCGGAGGGUGACUGGAGAGGUGCUGAUGAAGACAUAGAUUUUUGGAGUUCUAAUUCAAGAAAUGAAGACGUGAUAGACAAACCUUGGGCCAAUUCCGAGGAAAAGGGGCUUGUACAGGCUAGCUCUAUGUCAAUUGUCCAUAAAAUUGAGGGCUGGCAUGAUAGAGUCGAGCAUUCGGGGGCGGGGAAGGGACACGAUGAAGUUGAGAAAUCUGAUGUUUCUCGAUAUGAAUCAAUGAUUUCCAUGUUCGAUGAAUUUGCAGCAAAUGGGAAGGGUAAGACCAUGGGGCCUGGGGCGCAAAAUUCUGUCGGUUAUGGAUAUGAAAUUGGUGAUAUGGUUUGGGGGAAGGUAAAAUCACAUCCGUGGUGGCCGGGUCAUAUAUACAAUGAAGCAUUUGCGUCACCAUCAGUUAGACGAACAAAGAGAGCUGGGCAUGUGUUGGUUGCUUUCUUUGGGGAUAGUAGUUAUGGAUGGUUUGAUCCAGCUGAGCUUGUCCCAUUUGAUCCUAACUUCUCCGAGAAGUCGAGGCAGACAAAUUCUAGAACUUUUGUGAAGGCUGUGGAGGAGGCAACUGAUGAGGCAUGCAGGAGGCGAGAUUUGGGUUUGGCUUGCAAAUGCCGGAAUCCUUAUAAUUUUCGGCCGACUAAUAGUCAAGGCUACUUUGUUGUUGAUGUGGGUGAUUAUGAGGCUGGAGGAGUCUACUCUGUGAACCAGAUAAAACAAGCCAGAGAUGAUUUUCAUCCUGGGGAUACUCUUGCUUUUAUUAAGCAGUUGGCAUUGAUGCCUCAUGGAGGACACGGGACUAUAGAGUUUAUUAAGAGUAAGGCUACUCUUUUGGCUUAUCGAAAAACAGCAUUUGAGGAGUUUGAUGAAACCUAUGCUCAAGCAUUUGGGCAACAACCAAUCCGCCCUACUCGUACACCAAUGGAUGCUGUGACUCAGCAUUUUAGAGCUCCAUUGAGUGGCCCAUUGGUGAUUGCAGAGGCUUUGGGUAAGAAGAAGAACCCAACAAAACUUAGUAAGCCGAAGUACCAAGCAAACAAAGAUAGAUACCUUUUCAAAAGGAGAGAUGAACCAACUGGUUUGAAAAAUCAGCAAAUAGAGCAAGCAACUGCUGCUUUGCAGCCAGCUCAUGUUGAGGGAUCCCCAGAGUUAGCCGCUGGUGAGUAUGUGCUGCAGAGGAGGGAUCAAGCAAUCUUUAUGAAGCAGCAAAUUCCAGAUAAAAUUGAGCAGAUGGUAUUUAGUGAAAGGGAUGGUGCUUCAGUCCCAAAUCGAGCUGCAACUGGUGAAGAACAUGCAAGUACAUUGGAGACAGUUUCUGGAGUGAACUUUAGCAUGGCUAGUUCACUGGAAAGCGGAUUUAAGGUUGAGCCUUCUGGCAGUUCUGCUGCUGAUGGUUUUUCAGGGAAAGGAGCAUUCAGGAUAGACGUGCUUCCCAAUUCAGAAAAUAGUGGGCAGGUUGCAUCCAUGCCAAGAUUGUUUGAAGGCUUCCAGCAGCCUACAAGUUCAGCGACUACAGUUAAAGAAGUGCAUGCACAGGAACAAGCUCGCAUGGAUGGUUGUGGGGGACAUGGUUUACCACCUACUGAUGUGAAGUUACACGGUCAGGAUUCAAGAAUGCAUAAUGAACAUGGGGCGAAAAAGGCCAAGCUUCUUAAACGUCCAGUAGGGGAAUUGGGUGAUGAGAAAUCUGCGGUAGGGGAGAAGAAGAAGAAGAGGAGGAAGAAGGAAUUGGGCGUGGAAAUGAGCUCUGACAGAAUGUCAAAGGUGGCUUCUGUUGGAAAAGGCGGUGCAUCUUCGGGAAGAGUUCCAGGAAAAUCUGUUCAAGUUGGUCUGCCUCUGAGAGAGGAUUUACAGAGAGAUGCUCUAAAGAGAGAUGAUGUAGGCAGUAGUACACUUCCUGAUUCCCUUCGAAUGCCUGUGACCGGGAUGGGAAGUUUUGAGCUAAAGAUUCCACAGUUACUAGGUGAUUUGCAAGCGCUUGCCCUCAAUCCCUUCCAUGGCAGAGAUGGUAGUCGUCCUGCGAUUAUAAGGCAGGCCUUCCUUAAAUUCCGGUCUCUUGUUUACCAGAAAAGCUUGUCACUGACAGCCUCAGCUGAGGUAGAGUCCAGUCAAAUUUCUGCCCCUAAAUUUGUAGCCGUCACUUCUACCGGUUCAGAUAAUCUUACUCGGGAGAAUGUUAAAGAUAUGACAUCUUCAAAGCCAGCAAAACCAUUAGUCCGGUCUGAUGACCCCACUAAAGGUGGCAGGAAACGUAGCCUGUCUGAUCGUCAAGAAGAACUUGCGGUAAAAAGGCUGAAGAAGGUUAGCGAGAUGAAGUCACUGGCUGCAGAUAAGAAAGCCACUUCAAAAACUUCUGAAGCACAGCGAGAAGGAAAAGAAAUGGGGGCUACAAGACCGUUGAAGCCAUUAAGAACAGAUCCUGUAAAGAAAAUGGAGUCCCCGGCAAAGGCGCCUGAGCCAACGAUGCUCGUGAUGAAGUUUCCACCCCAGAUGUCACUUCCUUCUGGGUCUGAGCUCAAGGUAAAGCUAGCCCGUUUUGGGCAAUUGGACCAUUCACUUACCCGUAUCUUCUGGAAGUCAUCAACGUGCCGGGUGGUCUUCAUUUAUAAAGCGGAUGCCGAGGCAGCCCUCCGGCAUCUUACUGGAAACGGUACACUGUUUGGGAAUGUCAGCUUGAGAUGCCACAUCCGGCCAAUGGCAGCUGCUGCGCCUGAAUCAGAGAGCAAGGUGCAAAGGGAAGAAGGCCCCAUGGACUCCCUGCAAGCGAGGGAUUCUGCAGUUGAACAACGGCCUCCAACACUGCAGCCUCUUCAACAGACGCCUGUGCAAUUAAAGUCAUGCCUGAAGAAACCGGGUGAUGAAGCUGCCGGAGGAGGGGCAGCCACGGGAGGUGGCGGCAGUAGCAGAGGCGCCAGAGUGAAAUUCAUGUUAGGAGGGGGAGAAACUAGUAGUAGUGGGGGAGACCAGUUGAUGAUGGUUGGUAGUAAGAACCACAACUUCUUGGAGAAUGCUACUACUACUAGUUUUGCUGUUGGUGGUGCAUCAUCAUCUUCUUCUUCUUCUUCUCAUGGAAUGGAUUUUAUUAGUAAGAAUGUUCAAAAGGUCAUUCCUCCAUCUCCAUUGCCUCCUCCUAUUCCUGCUGCUCCUCCUCAUCAUUAUUAUACUCUCCCCCCAAAUGCCCCGAUUAAUUUGCGGUAUGGGGAUCCAGCCCCAACUCGAAAUUAUCACAAUUUUAACCCCCUCAACAUGGCACCACCUCCUCCUCCUCCAAGCAUAAGCUCCUCGCCUAACAUGGAUCUCGGACCCCAUGUUCUUAGCCUUCUUUUAAGAUGCCUGGAGGUUGUGAUGGGUUUGAGGGGCUCUCUGGGCUACUCGCCCCUCCAUCCCCUAUGAUGUGCCGGCAAAAAGCAUAGCAUUUUUUAAUAACGAGAGGGGGAUGGAUGGAUAAGUCCAGAUGAGUUGUGCUUGGGUUGGGGACCAGAUUUUGGAGCUUUGGUGCCGUCCGAUGGCCCCUGAUUUGGGGCUGAAAUUGACUUCAAAAAGGCGGCGGCGUGGUGGAAAGCGGUGGGCAAUCGGUGAAAAAGGAAACGAAGGGAGAAAACAGCAAGAUAAAUAAUUUUUGUUUUGUUGUUAAUAUGAUGAUGAUGAUGUACAUGGAAGCCGGUUCAUAUAAAAUUAAAUGUAAUGGUGAUAGUGGUAAUUUUUCAUUUUCAUUUUGGUUAUAAUUUUUAUUUUCAUAUGGACCCUUUCUCUCUCUCUCCCUCUCUCUUUUAAAGAGGUAGGGUUGGGAGGAUGAUCCUCUUGAAUGAAUCAUUUAUUAUAUAUAUAUA